AUGGAAACGAAUGGGAAAGAAAAGUACAAAGAAAAGGAGACAGAAGAUGCAGAAGAUGAAGCUCAAGAAGAAGAACUACCAAGAAAGGCUUUGAAUUCUUCUUUACCACCCAAGAAUGCUUUGCUUUUAACUAGAUAUAGAUCUGCUCCAAACAGAUCUUCAUCAUUGGCCAGCAGAUUUCUAGGUCCGCCAUUGGGGACCUUAGAAACAGAGGACGAUAAUGGAGAAAACAGAAAACUAGAGAAACCCGCAUCGGAGGACGAACUCAAUUGCAAAGAUUCAACUUUAGAAUCGAAAAUGGAUCAAGAAAACGAAACAAAUUUGGAAGAUUCCGGAGAAAUUGAAGGUUCAAUUUCUGGAAAAACCAGAGAAAUUAGUGAUCAAGAACCAGAAAUAGGAAAAGGAGACAAUGCUCGGCCUCUGAUACUUACAAGGUGUAAAUCUGAGUUACUUAUUUUUGUGGGAAUUGUUGAAGUAACCGGAUGA